CCUCUAUACUUCACCAAACACCACCACGUAACAUAAGCAUGUGAAGCUAUAUAUGGUUCCUCCAACUGCUAAUCCGCGACAUCCAGACAUGACACCCUUCAAAUUCCCACCACCACCGCCACCGCCGCCGAAAGCGACUGCGCCACCUCACGACGCGUCGGAGUAUGCUUCAAGCCAGCGCGGAGGGCUUGGGAACUUUCGAGGACGAGGAUUGAGCCGGGGUCGGGGUCAAGGCCAUGGCGGUGGUCGCGGGAAUAACUUUAGAGGAAAUUCAGGGAGCGGACAUGGCCAUAAUGAGGGCCGGAACGCUCAAGCAACUGGUGGCUGGAGAUCAGGCCAACAUUCCAAUGGACAGGACUAUCAGAACUAUGGGCAACACCAGUCUUUUGAUCCUCAAUCAAGCGCAACGCCAAAUUCUUCCUUUGGGCCAUACGUGAAUCCGCUCUGGACAAGCCAAGUGCAGAUGGCGCAGCCGCAGAUAAAUCCUGCGGCAUUCGGCCAGGCAUUGACAAUGCCUACCACAGCUGCGCUUGCGAAUCACCCACCCAACGGAGCCCCUGCGCCUCAGAUGCCGCAGUCACCACCGCCCCAGAAAUACCUUCAACAGCAUUCGCCGCCACAGCAAAUACAUGGGAGGAAGCGGAAGCGGACCGAGCGAGCUACAAAUUGGAGAGCAGAGAGCGUCGCGAACCCGGCUCAGAAUUCGCAGCUACCAGCUCAGAAACCACAGAAAGCCAAAGCCGCUGUCGCCCCAUCUGUGCCAAGUUUUGGGUUCAUAUUACCCACUCCCAAGAAGUCCCCAGUCGCCGGUUCCCCCAAAGCCAAGCCUUGGCCCGAUUUAAACAAGCGUAAAGUACACUUGGGUCUCACGGCACAGAACAAGCUAGAGCCAGAGAGCAGCAGCGAUGAAGAGGUUGAUGAGGAAGCGGUAUUCGCCGCAAAGAUUACGGGAAUGGUAUUCGAGCAUGACGGGCAAACGAUAUCGUUGCAAACCCCAGCAGAACUUGUUGCCUGGAGGAAAGAUAGGAAGAAACACUACCCUACAAGGACAAGGAUUGAAGAGAAAACAAGAGAAGCUGCUGAGAGGAGGGCGAGCGAAUUGGAAUUUCUGAGGAGGAUCAAGAAGGGGACAACAAAUAAGACUGAAGGUAAUCACCAUGGUUCAGAUGUAGUCGAGCCACCUCCAACUAGGGAACAAAAGAGCUCAGAAAAACACACCUAUGAUUUUGGUGAGCUGCAGAGGAACCUAGGGGAGCAAAUUCUUGAGGAUGUGUUAACAAAGCCGGCGAUACUUCUACCUGAACUGGCAGGCAACAAGCCCAAGACUGCCGACCUUGGUCCUGGCUAUACCAGCGAAACCGAGCCAAAGGAGGAAACUAGCUCUGAAUUUGAGGAAUCAUCUGUAGUAUCGAGCUUGGAGGGGUCUUCUGAUGGCCUGGACUCGGACGAUAGCGAUGCAGCACCAGAGGAGCAAUCGUCGAAGACAGUUAUUGCUCCUACCGUUGUGCCACUAGAGCCUGCGAAAUUUGGGAGACCACUGAGGAAGAAAGAUCAUUCCACAGAAUGCGUGCAGUGGAAACGGUACGGCAAAUGCAAUUAUGGCAAUCAGUGCAAAUGGCCCCACCCACCGAAGGUAGAAAAGAAGGCGGGUUUGUUCGAAACGCUAGUGGAGCAGGAGAAGCGACAAGCAGAUCAAUUAGCACUCGAUGCUAUCAAAUAUCUCGGCCGGCACGGGUUCUUGGGUUAAAAAAUUGCACUGAGCAAUUAGGGGACGUAUGGCCCUGAAUGCGCCCAUGGAUACCUGAGCGCCGGCUAUCCAAUUUCUACAGGCCUUUGUGUAUCUGCGAGCUGCUUGUAUUCCACGCUUCCAGCCUCUAUUUGAAUCGGG